UACCUGGGCCCUAAACGAUGCAAUACCGCUAACUCGCGAAUUCCAGUAACCCACCAUCUACCAUCGCCCAAACCGCAUCAAAUACUGUGAAAGCUUAUUUUUCGCUUUCUGAGCCGUUUCCUGUUUACUAACGUCUUUUACGACUAGUUGAACGUGCCAUUUCCGGGAGGAACUGUGGUGAAACGCAUUCGGCGACGUUUUUGACGAAUUCAGCGAAUUUUUGAAAGUUACCGUGGCUCUAGUUCAUGUCAUACGCGUUUAGAAUAGCGACAUGCGGUUAUUGAGAAAAAGCAUGUCAAUUUCGGCACCAGCAGAACGAGAAGUUCCUGUGUGUCAUCGAUGCUAUUUGGCUUUUGAUCCUAAAACUACACCUAUAUCGUUUGGAAACCAUUUGUGGCACAAACAAUGCUUCAGCUGUACAAAAUGCGGCCAGCUCCUGGAACAAAGCAACAUGAUGCUGGUGCAGACGUCGGACGGACGACCAGUUUGUGAGGAUUGUGCUCAUUAUUGCAGUGUUUGCUACAAAAAGAUCAACGACUUUGCUGUGAUGUCUGGUUUUGACUCGUUCCACAGCGAUUGCUUCCGUUGCAAGGUGUGUCAUCGAAAACUGGAGGACAGCUCGUUCAAACGGUACAUCCGGGAUGUCUAUUGUCUGGACUGCUUCGGUUCACUUGAGAAACUGAACCGUGACGCAACAGUGUCCUCGAACAGCGGGUCUCAAAGAAGUGUUGAGUCGGGCAGCAUGCAGCAACAGCCCAUGCCGGAACAGAAACAGCAACAACGGCUGCCACCGCCGCUGCCGCCAAAACAACCGCAGAAGCAAUCGCAGUCCAAGCAGCAACAGCACCAAAAGCAACCUCAGAAACAGGCACAGCCACAGGUUCAGCAGCAUCAGCAGCCAUUACAAAAACAAACACAGCAGCAGCAAACGCAGCCGCCGCCUGUUUUCUCGCAACAACGACUGCCGCCGCAACAGCAACCACCGCCCAGCAUGCCAUUGCUGGAUUCUGCUCCUGUCGCUUCUAGCAGCAACAACAGCACCCCUCUGUCUUUGCAAACUGCUCCUCUUUUUCCACCUUCCACCGUUUCCAACAUCCCCAAGCCUGCGUCCGUUCACUCCAAUGCAUCAUCUUCCAACCAAUCUUCUAGUCUUCGUCAGCAUGGUUCGCGUUCUCCGGCCUCGUCCCGCGACUCGCAUUCUUGGCGCCAAUCUCCAACACGUCGUCAAUCGCCAACUCGACGUCCUCACAUUUCUUCUCCCACAGCGUUUCGCCAAUUGCCUGGUUUUGAUGCGAAUGGAAAUGCUACUGGUGCUACCGACGUACAAUCCUCGCUUUCCUUGCACUCUACCACAACAAAAAGUUCUCACCAUACGCUCAAUGCGACGAAUUCUCUGCCUAGCACGGUUGGUCGCAGAGAGCAUGCAAGUGGUGAAGAGAUAAACAAGGCAAACAACCGUAUCACCGUCGCUGUUGACUUAGCCGCCAUUGAUACAGAGGCUGAUGCCUUUCCUUCGCCUCAGGUUAUGGAGCAUGAUGAUCUGCAGGAUUUUGCGGUUUCCUUUAAUCCUGUACCUGGUGCGACGACUAUCAACAACCGGCAAGCCGGUGUCCCCGAAGAGGCCACUACUGCUGCGUUCAGAUCAGUUCCCACCUCUCCCAAAAACAAAAACCGUGCGCUAGUGCAACCUUCAACCCCCUCCAAAACGGACUUAUUUACACCGAAACAUACUACUCAUCUUUCAUCUCCUCCCGUUACCGCUCACCGCAAGUCUUCGUCUACGGCAUCUAUUGUCGUUGACGUAGAGCAUCUUGCGUUGAAGCAGCGGGAUGGAGACAUAACGGCGAAGCCCUUUGAGACUGAGAGUACCGGUGAAACUCGUAGCCUUAGCCCGACCACUCUCAGUGUUCCCGAACGAGACAGUGGUUUUCAUCAUCGUCGACUGUCUUUGGCGAAUGCGAUGGACAACCUUCAUCUGGAUCCGUACCAUUUGACCAUGGAAAGUCAUCAAGCUGACAUAAGUUCUUUGCACAAGCGUCUCGACGACAUUGCUACUUUUUUGACUCAGGUUACCAACAAAUUGCGCGGAGGCGAAAAAGACGCACACGAGGAAAAGGCUUUACGAAAAGCGAAGCAAAAUGUCGUGCAGUGUUUUUUCAUCUACGAAGCUGCAGCGAGUGACCCCAUGCGCAAGGAUGAAGAGUACAAAAAACUUACUAUGGCUGUAAAUGCUUACCUCGAAAUGAUUCGCAACACUUAUGGACAGGAAAUCGCCAACCUGCAUUCCAAGAGAAAUGAGCUUUUACAGGACUACGAAAACAUCCAGAAAAUGGUCGCUCAGGCUGUCGAGGCAGCCGUGCACUUGAACACGAAGAAUGUUGAGUUGGCUGAUCUGAACAACGACUUGGUUCGCCAAAUACAAUACCGUUCCAGUGUAGCUGAUGCAAGCGAGCUUUUGCAAACAGUUCGUCCUACAUUCUCGAAUGGAGGUUUGACAAAGGAUUCUGACAGUGACCAUUACACCCGUGGUCUCCGGCACGAGAACGUGUCGCCAAACUCAAGCUUGAUUACACCGACUCGCGGAGAAAUGAAGACUAUUCGAAAGCUUGGCAUGAAAAUUAGUUCCUCGACUAAAUCGUCGCUGCGCAAGGGCCAACAGAAAUUUGGUCACACAAAGUCCAAGUCUACUGACUCUCAGGUCAGUAUUAUGGAGGAGCAGACUUGUUCGCAUACAUUCCAGGCGAAUACCUUCUUCAAGCCUGCUCGUUGCGUUUAUUGCUGGGAAACUCUUUGGGGUGCCGAGCUUCGGUGCACACAAUGUUCAUCGGCCAUUCAUUCAAAAUGCUUCAAGCGCUUUCAGGCUGAGCGCGUUUACGCUGCCAACGAAAGAGAGCAAGCUCAAAAUUCUCACCAACGUAAUAAUAUGUCCCAGGGACAAUCGUUGGAUACGUCUGUGCACUCGUUAUUUGGACGAAGCCUUAUUCACCAAACAUCUUUGGAAGGUGGAACUAUUCCUAAGAUCAUUGCACUUUGCGUCCGUUGUAUUGAUAUGUAUGGUAUGGAUUGUGAAGGUAUCUAUCGUAAGUCUGGCGGUGCCUCGCAAGUUCGAAUGCUCAUGGAUGCAUUUGAAACAAACAAUAUUAAUAUGGAGCUUCUGUCUGAAGACUUGGCUGCCUGCGGUUCAGUGCUUAAAGCCUAUCUUCGGAAGCUACCUGUCCCAGUCAUUCCGAACCCAUGGUACACGCGGAUCAUCAACAUUAAUCGUCGUGCUCCGGAGGAUGAUGUUAUUCAAGCUCACCGCCUUCUUUUACUCGAGCUUCCAGCUGCACAUUUUUGCUCUUUGCGUUUGUUGGUCCAACACUUGGCACGUAUUGUUGAGCAUUCUAAGACAAAUCUGAUGAAUGACAAAAACGUGGCCACCGUUUUUUCUCCUACGAUCAUGCGAGAUGACAAUGGUCAGCUCGAAAUUGAAAACAUGGAGAAGAAGAAUAACUGCAUGCGUUUCAUGAUUUUGAAUUGGCGUGCUCUCUUCUCUUCGGCCUAAGGGAUAUGUUUUCAGUUUUCUACAGCGCACAUCACAGGCGUCUGCGGUCUGGCUAAUCAUCUGGUUUGUCUGGGGUUGACCAUUCGAAACACGCAUACACACUACAUAUAUUUUCUCCUUCCCCUCCCUCCCUCUUACACACACAUACGCAUGCAUUCUCUUUAACUUAUUUUUAAAUAUGACGCAGCACCGCCGGCCGGCUCUCUGCAUUCAAACGGUUUGCUCCACGAAUUUGAGAAAUUCGCAAGGUGCGAAAGCGUGCCGCCACUGUGGCAGUCAGUCAUUCCCUCGUUCUUGCGUCCUUCCCCUCGUUUAGUGCGUUGACGAAAGAGAAUCAUUCGUCGUGAACGGAUGGUAUGAAUUUGAGGCCUCUUCUUUUUAUUUUACUUUUUUUUGGUUCUAUGAAUGCAGGAAUUCCACAUUCUUUAACGGUCAGAUUUCCUCUACAAGAAUAUAUUACUGCUAUUAUUAUUGCUUGCUACCACGACACCACCGUCUGUCUAAUACACAUAAUUCAGUGGUAGAGAGGCCCACUCAUGCAACCGAUAUUAACAACACAUACACACGUACGCAUGAAACACCGUACACAUCUUCUACCGCCCUACCCGACGAAUUGUCUUUCUCUCUUUAUCAACAGCUUGUGCGCCCUCUUUUGCAAAACACGCUAAUGGGAUAUAUGCCAAUUGUAAUUCUUGUUUCGUAAUAUAAUCAUAUCCUACAUCGCAGCACCAAGCACAGCGGCAGACGAUGUUUGCUGCACAACGCCUGUGCUCUCUGCGCUUAGUUUCGCAAGCUGCACGUUUAUUUAGCUCUCAUAGCUUCCAAUACAUGCAAACAUUGAUUCAUAAACUCAGGUCUUCGUCAUUAAAUAGUAC